GUAGGCAAAGCAACGACGUUUCAGCUUCCCAAUAGUGGGUUUUAGCUUCCCGAUUUACUGCAAAUGUAUGCUACUUAUCGUGGAACGUUAACUUUUCUCGUAGUUAGUUUUAUUAAUUCGUUAGAAGGAAAAAUGCAGCACUGAGAGAUCGAAGCCAAUGGCGAAGACGAGAAGAAACCGGGGCUUUCCAACGCCUCCCAACCCAAAAGCAUCGCCCAAACCGAUAACCCCAACCUCCAACACCACAAUCGUCUCCUCUUCACUCUACAAAUCUGUUUCACUGCAUGAUUGGUGGCUGGUGAAGGCUCCCAACGGGAAGGGUUUAGCUGUAGGAGGGUUUGCUUCAUUAGAGAGACUAGGAGUAAGAGUUUUUUCCUCUGCUGCAAUUUCCAAGAGACACGAUGCCACCACUCUUGAGACAACGGAUGGCAUCAACAUCACAAUCAGUGGCUUCAUAAAUAGGUCUCGGUCGUGUCAAAAUGGUUUUCCAUCUGAGGUAUGCAAUCAUUUCCUGCUUGGAUUUCCCUGGAACUGGGAGGAGUAUGCUAUUGGUUGUUCUGGUGAAAAUUCUACUGGUAGAGGUGUUCCGACAAGGAUUUCUGCUUCUGACGAGUCCAAAGUCUCUUCGGGUGACAAUGCAGAUAAAACUUUUCCAUUUUCUUUACAUGAUUUCCCAGUGGCUAGGGUACGUGAUCUCUUAAUAUCCACUUUUGAAGAUCCAGAUUAUUGUUUGCUGACAAAGAGCAUUUACAAUGAUAUAUUGGGAAAGUCGAUGGGGAAUAGUCCAAUGAAAAAUGUGCAAUCUGGACUAAAUGAGACUCCAGUUAAUCAAAAGGAGACUAAGGUUGACCAUAAGCACGACAAUGAGGAUACUUUCUUCAAUUCAAGGGAUAUGACAACAGAAGAAAACCAGAAUGUCCUCACCCCAAGUAUAGGUGUUUCGACAAGAAGCAUGACUAGAUUGAAGAAUUUUAGAAUGGAACAAGAAGAGAGACUUUCACCAAACUCAAAAAUUAAGCAGGCCACUGGGAAAAGAAUUGGAGGAAUGGUAAAAACAAAUGCUCCAAUGGUGAGUCAUCCAACCAAAUUAUUUGAAAAGGACAAGGAAUUCUUAGUAGUUUCUGAUAAAUCUGUGGUCAGAAGAUCAAGGAGGCUGAUGAAUCCAAAGAAAUGAUCUGUAAGGCAUAGUCCAAACCAGCAACUGAAAAAUU